CCACCAGCUCAGCGCCGACACACGCUGACAUUCGUUUCCAAAAUGUGCGAGAUGAACCCAACUCCACUGGAGCAGACCCUUUUCACUCUCUGCAAAGUCUUCAGCGAACACGCCGCAGCAGAGGGGAACAAGGAGACCCUGAACAAGAAUGAGGUCAAGAAUCUGGUGAAGAAGGAGCUGCCCCAGCUUUUCAAGGCAGCACAGGAGGAUCCUGAGGGGGAAACUCUUCUCAUGGAUUUUGAUGGAGACGGAGAGAUGGACUUCAAGGAGUUCAUGGUCGCCUUGUCCUGCCUCGCUUGCAUUUUCAAAGCUCACUGUCCCAAGAAGUGAGAGCUUCAGGACGGGUUCUCCAACAAGGCCUUGUGGAGAUUGCUGAAUAAAAAUAAUUUCAGUACUCGGACAAAA